GAGCGGCGGCCCGAGCCUUCCGGACCCCAUUAGAGGGUGGACCAGUCUGGUUACCCUGGUAACAAGCGUCGCGGCUUGUCAAGAAACCGAGGGAAGAGACUUAAGAGGCCUAUUCACCUCAAUCAUGGAAUCAUCCUCAAAGGGUCUGCUUACCCAAGUUACUCAGUUCUGGAACCUACUGGAUGAUCUGGCUGAAAGUAAUCCUGAGGGCUAUGAGAAGUUCAUUCAACAGCAGCUGAAAGAGGGCAAACAGCUCUGUGCUGCCCCACAACCACAACUCUGUCUACAAACAAGAAUCCUGAAACCUAAAGAAAAAAUACUUUUUAUCAACUUAUGUCAGUGGAAAAGGAUUCCAGCUCCCCAAUCAUCCACUCAUCCAGUACCUCUAAGUGUUGGCAGACCAGAAGAUAUGUCUGAAACAUCAGACGUUUACACAGUGAUCGAUGUUGCCUACAAUCCUGAUGUUCUCCAGGCAGCAGAAAAAGACCAUGUGAAAAAAGAUCAAUUAAUACAGAUAGCCAUGAAAUGCAUUGAGGAACAACUCCAGAUCACUCUCUCACAAUUUUACCAUAUUACCACAUUUAAAAUAAAAGGAAACAUUCAAAGAAUGAAAAAAAAUCUGAUGGGAAUCCAAUCUGAUCCCACAGAUUUAAGAGAGAAAAUAAGAAAGGAACUAACCCUUGAACAGAUAAAAAGCAGUACUGUGAGCAAUCCAGAUCAUUUCCCUCAACUUUUACUGCCAAAAGACCAAGUUUCGAGUGAAAAAGGGUGCCUGAUAGAAGAGAUAUCCAGUACAGAGAUCCAGGUGGAGAUGAAGAAACCAGCCUAUGAAUUAAAAAUGGUGGCGGAUCAGAAUGAGAAACCCCUGAAAAUUGAAUUAAAAGUUGAAUUACCUGGUAUUAAUUCAGUAUCUCUCUGUGACCUUCAUGUUUCUGAGGAUGAUUUAUUAAUUGAGGUCUCUGAGAAGUACAGAUUACAUCUGAAUCUUCCAGAAUCUGUGGAUACUGAAACGACUACAGCAAAAUUUAUCAAAGAGAAAGCUACAUUGAUCGUCACAAUGCCAUUGGUGUAAGUCAAGAGCAGUAUGUUUCCGGUUUUCAGUGCUAGUUAUGUGAAUUAUAGGACCUUCAUUUU